GAAUUGUGGUCUACCUCCUCGUUCAUAUCAUUGCAAAAGCAACAAUAAUAAUCCCUAGCACAGUCUCCUUCUUUUCAUCGUAGUCCUCACACCGCACCACACCACAAAAUAAUAUAAAAGAAAGAAUCCUUAACCUUUUCUUUCUCUCCUCUUCCUCUUCAACAACAUCAAUCGUCCACCAUGCGUCGCUUCGCCUCCCGUGCCACCUUCACGGCCUCUGCCGCCGUGGCGGCCCGCUUCGCUACGACCAACAUGACGGUGCGUGAUGCCCUCAACAGCGCCCUCGACGAGGAACUCGCCCGCGACGCGACGGUGUUCGUGUUGGGUGAGGAGGUCGGUCAGUACCAGGGUGCCUACAAGGUCACCAAGGGCCUCGUCGACAAGUACGGCAAGGACCGCAUCAUCGACACCCCCAUCACCGAGCACGGCUUCGCUGGCAUGGCCGUCGGCUCCGCCCUCGGCGGCAUGCGCCCCGUGUGUGAGUUCAUGACCUUCAACUUUGCCAUGCAGGCGAUCGACCAGAUCAUCAACUCGGCGGCCAAGGGCCACUACAUGUCCGGCGGUCAGCUGACGUGCCCCAUCGUCUUCCGCGGCCCCAACGGCGCCUCAGCGGGGGUCGGUGCGCAGCACAGCCAGUGCUACGGCUCGUGGUACGCCUCCGUGCCUGGGCUGAAGGUGGUCGCGCCGUACAACAGCGAGGAUGCGCGUGGCAUGCUCAAGGCCUCCAUCCGCGACGGCAACCCCGUCGUUUUCCUCGAGCACGAGCUGCUGUACGGCGAGUCCUUCCCUGUCUCAGACGAGGCAGCCAACAAGGACUUCUUGAUCCCCUUUGGCAAGGCCAAGAUUGAGCGGGAGGGCAAGGACAUCACCCUCAUCGGCUUCUCCAAGGGCGUGGAGCUGUGCCUGAAGGCGGCCGAGAAGCUCGCCGCGGAGGGCGUGUCGGCCGAAGUCAUCAACCUCCGCUCCCUCCGUCCCCUGGACCGCGAGACGAUCUUCAAGUCCAUCAAGAAGACGCACCGCGCCGUCACCGUGGACGAGUCCUUCCCAUUCUGCAACAUCGGUGCGGAGAUCUGCGCCUGUGUGAUGGAGAGCGACACCUUCGACUACCUCGACGCCCCGAUCGAGCGCGUGUCGUGCGCGGACUGCCCUACGCCGUACAGCAAGGAGAUCGAGGUGGCCUCGCAGCCGCAGGUCACCGAUGUCGUCGCCGUGGCGAAGCGCGUCCUCAGCUAG